GUUGUUAUACGUUUGGAAUUUGAUAUGUAAAUUGAAGAGUGAGUCAGACUCAAAGACUAUUAUAAUAAAAUCAACACUUUGUUAAUACCAUUGACAGUAUUAAUACUAUUAUAGAAGUGUGUUUACUUGUUGAUUUGUUUUCUGGAAUUUCUGCAUAAUAAUUUUUGCCAACUGUAGCAAGAAGAAAGAUGUAAAUUCUAAGCCUACACUAAUCAAAUUCGACGUCUUAUUACUAGUACUACUUACUAACUUAGUCUGUCUCAGAUAUCUCACUUACGUCGGAGUUAUGUUUGUUGGCGAUGGAAUGGCUUCACCAAAGCCCACUAAGAAACAUAUGAAGAAACACUGCCGACGCCACCAUCAUCAUCACUAUCACCAUUCUUCUUUUCUUGAGUCCUCACAGCAUCAAAUCUUAGAACGUGUUCAGAAGGACAGGGUAAUUAUUACCCAACCCGAAGAAGACAAAAGACGUAGAACUAUUAUUGUCGAAAGAAAAAAUGGUUCCUUUGGUUUUACUCUUCAGACAUAUGGAAUCCACCACAGGCAAGACACUGAAGUAGAACUUAUUACUUAUGUGGAUUAUGUCGAGUACGAGGGACCAGCUUUUAGGGCAGGAAUGAGACCAGGUGAUGUGAUCCUCUCUAUCAAUGGACAGGAUAUGGAAAAGGUUGACCACAGGACACUUGUUCAUUAUAUCCAGAACUGUGAGAAGACAAUGCGUAUGGUAGUCUUGUUUGAAGACUGUGUUCACAAAGUAGAGCUGCACAUGAAAUACAUUAGAUUGAAGCAAGUUCUUCAAGAGAAAAUUUGUGAACUUGAACAACUUUGUGACAAAGAACAUCAACUUGUCCUUGCAUGGACAGCACGAGGAGCUCGGAUUCCACCCAGUCCACUGUUUCCAUCGCAAGUGCGUCAAAUGAUACUGCCCAGUCCAUGUAGUCUCCGAAGCUGCAACGGUUCUGCAAUCUCAGUAUGUACUGGUAGUGACUGUAGUAGUCAUAUCAGUUCCUUGGACAUUUCAUGGGGCAGCCCUAACUUGAUGACAUCUUCCCUCUUCUCGGAACCAAACUACAGCCAUCACUUAGGUUCCCAGUCUUCAUCUCUAGUCAGUGGGACCCAGUUUGCAACCUUGCCAAAAGCUGCUUCCAGUGGAAAAUCUUUUAACUGUCCAAGCAUGACUGUAUCUACUAUGACAACUCCUCAUGGAUCUUGGGAAUGUCUUGAGUCACAGUCCAGCACAGGAUUGUCAGAAAGCACAGAUUUUUCUGGUUCUUCUAGUCCAAACUCUCCAUCCAAAGUGGUAUCUACUUACAUGGUACCUCAAGAACCUGGUGGUGGCACUAUUUCUAAUACAGAUAUCUCAGAAGAUAAAGAUCUAAGUGGUAGUCAAGAAAAUUACACGGAUGAAGUAACAAGAUUAUAAGAUUUACUUGGAAGGGAAAACAGAAUUUAUUAUUAUUUCUUUGCCAACUUAGCAAACAAAAGGAUAAAAACUCUAAAAAGAAACUUGACUAAGAAAUAGUUUAACUUGUUAUUGUUUAUUAAGUGAUGAUUUUUUUUGUAACUUAGUAAAAUGUGUGAAGAAAUUAUUUAUACUUUUUUAUUAUAAUUUAUUUUGCAUAAUGAAGUUUAUUUGUUAUGACUAAUAUUUAGUAGAUUUUGUUGGAUAAGAGUAUAGUUUUUGUUUUAUUGUUUGUGAUUAGUUACUGAUUUAUUUCAUGUUGUAUACUACUUUAUUUGAAUUAUUUUGAAGUGUAGAAAUUAAUGGGUACGUAAUCAGAAUUUACUACCAUAACGUCUUAUUUUAAAAUUUAUUUAUUGACUAACAGUUUACAUUUAGUCUACAGCUUCAAAUUUUUUGUGUGUAGCAACAAGUUGACAAAAUUAAGAUUUUUUUACAAUUGUUUAACUUUUAUCAUACACUUCAGAAUUUCAUUGAAUUUUGAGUGACAUUCCAUAUUGGGUGAUAAAUCAUGUUUUUAAGUUAACUUGUUGAUAUUUUUCAACUCAAACUGGAAUAUAUAAUAUGAAAUAUUUAUUUAUUUAUCUUUGCAAUUAAUGUUCUAGUCAAUUUAUGAGAAGAGUGUGGCUUUUGCGUACAGUUUUAAAUAAACUGAUGGCUUAUUCUUAAUGUUUCAA